AUGUCAACAUCAACACGUAACGUCGACAAGUUUUCGUGCGCAACAUCCCGCUUUCUUUUACCUGCUUUUCGCCGUCCAUGUUAUCGUGAAAUAAUUGGCAUCGAUGUUAAAUCCGAUCCAGCAGACGAAGUGUUUUUUACAUGGACAAAAGAAGAUGGACAAUAUUACCAUGUUAUUAACACAGCUCUCCUUAAUGAUGACUAUGAUAUAUUGAAAAGCAAUGUACAAUUCAUCAAUAGUCUAAGAACGGCCAUUCGAAAUAAUAAUCAAAAAGAAUCUUUAAAAGUCUAUCGUGGUUUAAGUCUAACAAGUGAACAUGUUAAACACGAAUAUAAAGAAGGUCUACAGUUCUUGUGGCCAACGUUUACGUGUACAUCAAGAGACAAAGAUGUAGCACAUGGUUUUGGUAAUUAUAUGUUUGAAAUCGAAGCAUCAGAAGACGAUUGGACGUAUCGUACUGAUAUUUCAAAAUAUUCUGAGUUUCCCGCCGAACAAGAAGUUAUCUUCUAUCCAUACAGUGGAUAUGUUGUAAAGAAUAUUAUGCAUGAUGCAAAAAUCAUUCAAUUAAAAUGUAUCGAUACAAAAAAGGUAGAAUCAAACUGUGAGAAACUUAUUCCAGGAGAUGUUAAAAUUGCUGAUCCAUCAAGAAACAUGUUCGUUUAUUUUUAUAAGAAUAGUACAGAUGUUCACUGGUCUUAUGCUGACAAGCCACAAGAACUGUUUCUCAUCGCUGGCAAUCGAAAUGGCUAUUGGGAUGCGCCUUAUCGCUAUCAUCAUCGUAAUGGAUAUUUUAUAGACAAAGGAAACGAUCUGUGGGAAGAAUAUCAGGACAACAAACUUUAUGCAAAAUUCAAAAGAGUUCAUGAUGGUAAUAAUUAA